UUCAUUUAUAACAUUGAAUAAUUGUGGUUUCGCGCGCUAUUUUCAUAAAUAAUUAUACUAAAUAAAUAAAAACAUUUAAGGGACACACUCUGCUUUCUCAAUAGUUUUCUUAUCGAUGAAUAAUUUUUAAUUUAGGUUUCAUUGUUUCCACUUUUUUUAACAAUAAUAAUGCAUAAUUUCUGCCAAGAUUUUGAAACUGUUACUCCUGAGCUGUGGAUGGCAAAUGAGGAGUCAUGGAAAGAAAAACUUUUAAAACUACCAAAUUGGAAUAAGAUUCCAUUGGUAAAUUCAAAUGCAUCCCAUAACUUAUCAGACGGUAAGUUAGUCCGUUUCCGCGGAAUGGUACAAGACAUGCAUAACACAGAAUUCUAUUUUGAGCACUUUGAAGUUCUAAAUACAGUUACCAAUGAGAUAAAAAUUAAAACUGGAAAAUAUACAGACACCGCACACAUACAGGAAAAUGAGAGAAUAAACUACACAGAAAAUCUUAAGAGUGGACAACGUCAGACCAUGGUGAUAAUAUCACUCCCCGGUUAUAAUGAAUGGGCUCAGAAGCUUGAGGAUGAGCAGAAUCAUCUUAAACAUCUAGAGGAUCAACCAAACACCUCCAGACGAUUAGAGCCCACUAAACUUAAGAGAACCUACGACGAGACUGAAGAGAGUUCAGAAGUGAUGGAAGUAGAAAAUGAAGGGUCCAGUAAAGAAAGAAGGACCAAGGAGGAUUUAAGUGAACCUUCUAAUGUUGUAUCCCGAGAGCAUCUUCUAAAUUUUCCUUUGCCUGAUGUAGCCAGCAAAUCCUGUAUUGUGAAAAUUUAUGAUGAAAACGACAAUCUCAAGCUGAAUGACAUGAUAGAGGUGAUUGGGUUCCUGUCCGUGGAUCCGGCUUUGUCUGGAGAGUUCCAAGAGAAGAAUUCUUUGGAACCCGUUAGUGAGACCGAAGUGGAGAUUAUAACUCACAACCCUCCGCCCAGCUUAGUGCCGCGGUUACAUGCUGUGUUUGUUAAAAAGCUGGAACAUUGCAACCCAUUAGUGAAGGAAGUCGAUCAAGUGAAAAUUCUCAAUGAAGCAAACAUAGCUCGUGAACAUUUACUGAAAGCUCUCACGGAACUAUUACUCGGUGAUCAGCUGGCUGCCGAGUAUCUUAUUUGUCACUUGAUAUCAAGUGUCUAUCUCCGUCAGGACACCAUAACCCUGGGCCAGUUCUGUCUGAACAUAUCCAACCUGCCGACCCAGAAAUAUCCAAACUAUGCCAAACAGCUGUAUGACAUCAUCAAACAGUUUGUCACUAAGAGCUACUACCUCCCGCUCACUGUGGACAAUAUGAACACCAUGGCAUUACUACCAAAGAAAGAUUACGAGUGCAACCGACUGACCAGUGGAAUCCUUCAGCUGAGUAAGGACACUCACCUGGUGCUCGACGAGACGCAGAUGCAGCAAGGGAGACUGGACGCCGCGGGGGUCGGCAACAUCACGGCGCUCGGCAGUUUGAUCAAAACGCAAAAAGUCGAAUAUGACUUCAAAUACUAUAAAAUGGAGUUCGAUUCUGACAUAUCGGUGCUCAUUCUGUCGGAGGGGAAGUCGUUACUGCCGAGUGACUAUCAUAUAUCACUCCGCCCGGAGAAGUCAUCUCUGGAGAUAUUUGAAGCCAUCGUGGAAGCGGCCACUUACUACUUGAAGGAAGACAUCAUGGCCACCAUCAGGACAUACAUCACCAGUUUGAAGCUCGUCAAGUACUCUAUAAGUGAGGACUUACAGUUCGUGGAAGAAGAUUUCAUAGAGAUGAGAAACGAAAGCGAAGAUCCCGUGACGGCUGACGACCUUCACCGGCUGCUGGUGCUGGCCAGGCUUGUGAGUCUGUCGCGAGGACACGACACGCUCACCGAGGACUGCUGGCGCAUCACCAAGACCAUGGAGAACGACAGGCUGGCCCGCCUCAAGAGCAGACCGCCCACUUUGUAACACACUAGUAUACGAAGGAUCUGUAUUGAUUAAGUAGAAUUAAAUUGUACGUAAUAUAUUUCUAAUCGUAUAAAGAAGCUAAUCAUUUUAGCCUGGAAAUCGAUGCUGGAUUCAUUUUUCAUUUUGUUUAAGAACAUUGAAGUGGCAACACUGGCUGACGUCUUGUCUCUAGGCUGAAUUCCGGAGCGUCAUUGCGUAAUUUAUAUUUUGUGAUAGAUUUUUUAAAAAUAAAAUUAGCGUUUUUCUAUUUAAUUUUA